AUUUUCAAGUAAAAUUCAUACGGAUUUGUUUUUUAAUAAUAAAAAUGAAAUUCUCUUUGGAAAAAAAUGCAUUAUUAAGAACCUUUUUUUACGCAUUUAACGUCAAUGUGGAUUAUCCUUUCGAAUAUUAAGUCCAAUAAGGAAUAAAGCUAUUAUUAAUUUAAUAUGUCCUUCUACACGAAUAAGACGGAUGUGACUUCCAUUUUAAAGACGUUUUCUGGCGUAAAACGAAAUCAGGCAAAUGCCGUGGCCAUCAACAAAGUUCGAUUUUCCACACCCAAAGAGAAGGGGCUCGCAGAAUCAGUGCGCGUUGCCCUAGAAGAACGAAAUUUCCAUCUGGUCAAGGAGUUCACAUACUUCCUCAGGGAAGCAGAACUGAGCGAUGAUGAGGUUGUGAUAAUCAUAAAAGAUGCUAAACGAAUUGUUCAUAAUUUGACCCCAGAAUUUGUAACCGUUGUCGAGGCGUUACUGUCCCUUAACUGGAAGAAAAGAAGUUCAGAGAUAAUCGAAGCUUAUACUGAAUUUUGUAUCGAACUAAUGGUGACCCACAAUAGAUAUUUACCGAUUGGAGUGUCUAAACUAAUUGUCCACUGGAUUCCUGGAGAUAUGGAUGAAUCCGAUUGGGUCCACGGAUGCCCUUCGGAGCACGCGCGAAAUGAGUUAAAACCCAUCCAUAAAGUACUGGAUCGUAUCUUAACUGCCGUGCCAAUGGCAUUCGAUAUUAUUAUAGAUGCCAUAUCCGCCAAAUUCCCCUAUUUCAAAAAGCCGUACCAUGUGACGGCAGGGUAUCUGUAUAACGUGCUUUGGUUAUUAGAGUACAAGCCAAUUUUCGAAGAACUUGUUUUUCAACUAGUUUUGCAAAAGAUUUUAUUAUUAGACGUUAAUGCUCCAAAAGAUGAAAUUGAAUUAGAAAUGAAUGAUGAGGAAGAAAAAGUGGAAGCGGACACUUUGUUUGAAAUCGACGAUGUAUUCGCCGAAAAUGUAUCCAAAUCAGAAAAAUCUGUGAGUCAUCCUGUUGGCAAAACCUUGGAUGUAUGCCUUUUCUUGCUUUAUAAGUUUUUUGAUGGCAAAUGUCGCCUUAAUGAAAAUAGUAGCGAACAACAACGAAGGACUGCCAACCGAUUGUUUAAGAUGUUACUUUAUUUGUUCGACGAAGUGUUAUUGCCCAGCCACAACACGCAUCAUGUGCAAUUCAUCCUAUUUUAUGCAACUAGUCUGCGGUCGGUAUAUUCCGAAGCUUUUCUUGAUUCCUUAUGGACGAAAGUCCAAAAUCCGAAUGUAUCCGCCGUAAUUCGUCAUGCUGCGGUGGGAUACAUGGCUAGCUUUUUAUCUCGCGCAAGAUUUUUGCCACUUAGCACUGUUAUUUUCUACCUAAAAGAGUUGACAAAGUGGGCUCAUGCAUACAUAGAUGACUCGGAUGCAUAUAAGCAGAACUGCUCUCUGAAAGCCAAUUUGGUUUUCUAUUCUGUUUGCCAAGCUGUGUUUUAUUUAAUAGCAUUUCGCGCAAGAGAUUUGACGGCCAGUUCAAAAGAUUUGCUCUUCCUCCAAUCCCUCCAACUAUCGCGCCUUGCUAUGUGUCAUUUAAAUCCCCUGCGGUAUUGUUUAGCCCCAGUGGCCACAGCAUUUGCUGGUGUUACAAGAACUUACCAGCUAGCCUAUUGUCAUACUGUUUUGGAGCGCAACGCUCGCCGUAAACUGGCUACAGUUUACGGUCAUGAAAAAUGCAUGCCCGAUGAGACGCUUGAAUCGUUUUUUCCCUUCGAUCCUUAUGUACUUAAGUUAUCAAAAAAGUAUAUUGAUUCCAAUUAUAUGGCUUACCAGAGCAAUGACACGGAUGAGUAUGUCUAUGGGUCUAACAAAUACGGGCAUUCUAGAAAACGUGGUGACUCUGAAAUGCUAGAGGAAGACGAAUUCCUUAUAGCCGACAAACGUCCAAAGAAUUUCGAUCUGUCUAAAAGUCAGGAAUUUGACAAACAAUUUCAUUUCGGCUCUUCGUCGGGAUUUUACGAAUAAUCAUACUUGGUGGAAAUUACUUAUAAAAAAGAAAUUAUAAAUGCAAUAAAGUUUUUACUCUGGGUUA